AUGUUGUUUCGAUUGCAAUCAACACUUUUUCUAUCUCUUCGUCGGCUACCGACUCUUCAAUCUCGAAUCUAUGCUUCGUCAACGGCACCUCGGUCUGAUGAAGACUGGGAACAAGAUCAGAAUCGAAAAGACAAAUUCGACGACAAUCCACCCGAAAACGAAGAAGCAUCAAUCGCCUCGAUGAUUGGACCUUAUAUCUCAUCAAAACAGAUGGCAUUUCAUACAGAUCAAUUCGAUUCGGCACAUAUUAGACAAAAGAAUAAACAAGCUUUUCUAGAUGUUAUCGAAGCAUAUAAGGUUCAAUUUCCUAAUCGUCGCGGUCAUGUAGAAUUCAUUCGAGCAGCACUCCGACGGAUGCCAGACUUUGGCGUUGAACGCGACGCUGAAUCAUAUAAAAAACUUCUAUCUGUCUUUCCUUUUGGUCCCUAUCGACACCAAUCGAUGUUACAAGUAUCAGUUCGAUUUUGGCCGAAACAAAAUGAAACAGCUUCAGCAAUUGUAUCAGCGAUGGAAUCACAGGGUAUUGCACCUGAUCUAGAAGUUGUACAUAUGUUAAGAGAAAUCUUUGGCCCAUGGGCACAUCCUGUUCGUCGUUUUGCACGUUUUCUCUAUUGGGCACCGAAAUUUAUGAACAAGAAUCCUUAUCCAAUUCCAUGGGAACUACCGGACAGCGAACGAGCCCUAGCAAAACUGGCUCUUCAACGUAUGACAUCAACUGUCGACAUGGAAACCAAGAUUGUUGACAUACAUUCAGCCAGUGAUAAUUCACCCGACGUCGAUCAUCCGGUAGAAGAACAUUCAUGGCUAUUGUACACUCAUACACCUAAACAAACGAAAUUAGUAUCAACAUUAGCAAAGGAUAGGCCAAUUUAUAUUGAAGGACCAUUUGCAGUUUAUCUCAGAAAAAAGCAAAUGAAAUAUUUCGUUCUAAAAGCAGAUCCCACCGAGGAAUAUCGAAAGAAAAAACAAGAGUUAGAAAAAUUCAAUACAGACGAUGUUUCAAAUUUAAGAUCACCAUUUCAACCUGGUGCUACACUCUAUAUUCCUCCAUCCGUACAUGAGCUUGACGAUGGAUUCAUCUUAUCAUUAUGCAUCAUAGGCAAACCAUAUACUUCGUUGAUUAAUUGUUGGCUGUAUCAUCUCCGAAAACACCAUAUGCCAAAUUUGAGCCAAUUUGCUGUUGUGGAUAAAACAAAACUAACCGACGCGAAACAAACAGAUCGAUUUUACACUUCACAUCUUGUUGGCACGCCAGAGUUCACAAUUCCUCAUGAUACAAAACGUAUCGCAGAAGCACCGAAACCAUGGUGGUUCAACGAUGAUCCUGACGAUGAUAAAACAAAGUGA